GGGGACAUCGUCUCGUGUGCUGGCACCUACAUCCACGUGUGGAGCAUCAACGGCAGCCCCACGGCCAGCGUGAACACCUUCACGGGCCGCAGCCAGCAGAUCACCUGCUGCCUUGUGUCAGAGAUGAACGAGUGGGACACCCAGAACGUCAUCGUCACCGGGCACUCCGACGGCGUCGUGCGGUUCUGGCGGAUGGAGUUCUUGCAAGUACCAGAAACACCAGCUCCAGAGCCUGCAGAGAUGCUGGAGAUGCAGGAGGACUGUCAGGAAGCACAAAUAGGGCAGGAAGCCCAUGAGGAGGACAGCAGCGACUCCGAGGCAGAUGAUCCCUGCAUAGGCCAGGACACGAAACUGCAGGAGAGCCAGAGUCAGCCAAGCAGCACCAGCCACAGGCCUCGGUCAUCAUCAACCAGAGCAGCAGCUGCAUGGUCAGCAGACAGCAGCUCUGAUGACUCCAGGCGUUGGUCAGACCAGCUCAGCUUGGAUGAGAAAGAUGGAUUCAUCUUCGUGAACUACUCCGAGGGACAAGCAAAAAUGCAUCCCCAUGCUCAGGGCAACCACUCGCACCCCGGCUACGCUGAGGCACGGCACUACAGCAAGCUCAAACCAGGCUACCGGUGGGAGCGGCAGCUGGUGUUCAGGAGCAAGCUGACCAUGCACACGGCCUUCGACCGCAAGGACAACGCGCACCCCGCCGAGAUCACCGCGCUCGGCAUCUCCAAGUGA